CCUCCUCUCUCCAUCUCUUCCUCCUCCUCUUCCUCCUCCUCCCCUCCCUUUCCCCACUAGGUUCGAUGCGAUCGGCUCUGGGCCCUGCCGUGAGUUCUCGGUGCGGGCGACAGCGCUGCUGAACAUGGCGUCAGACGGGAUGAUUUUAACGAACCACGACCACCAAAUCCGGGUCGGAAUAUUGACAGUGAGUGACAGCUGUUUUCGGAACCUUGCAGAGGACCGUAGUGGCGUCAACCUCAAAGAUCUCAUCCACGAUCCCUCCCUUUCCCCCGCUGUGGGACCCUGGACUGAUCCACGCUUGUCAUGUCCUUUACGAUUGGGGGGUAUGAUCACAGCCUACAAGAUAGUGCCAGAUGAGAUAGAUGAAAUCAAGGAGACUCUGGUGGAUUGGUGCGAUGAAAAGGAACUUAACCUUAUCCUAACCACCGGAGGCACCGGCUUCGCCCCGAGAGACGUUACACCAGAGGCCACAAAGGAGGUGAUAGAGCGCGAGGCUCCAGGGAUGUCUCUGGCGAUGCUGAUGGGAUCCCUCAACGUCACACCACUAGGCAUGCUUUCCAGACCUGUGUGUGGUAUCCGAGGGAAGACGCUCAUCAUUAACUUACCUGGAAGCAAGAAAGGCUCCCAGGAAUGCUUCCAGUUCAUCCUGCCGGCACUGCCGCACGCCAUCGACCUCCUACGGGACGCAGUGGUGAAGGUAAAGGAGGCGGCCGACGAGCUGGAGGACCUGCCGUCGCCACCACCCCCCCUCUCGCCACAGCACAACAGUUCGCCCUGCCGCCAGACGGAGGACAAGGGCGUACAGUGUGAGGAGGAGGAUGAGGAGAAGAAGGACAGCGGUGUGGCGUCCACCGAGGACAGCUCCUCCUCCCACAUCACCGCUGCGUCCAUCGCCGCCAAGAUCCCAGACUCCAUUAUCUCACGGGGUGUGCAGGUGUUGCCCAGGGAUACAGCCUCUCUCAGCACCACGCCCUCGGAGUCGCCCCGCGCCCAGGCCACAUCCCGCCUCUCGACUGCUUCCUGUCCAACACCCAAAGCCCGGCUCCCCUCCUGUUCAUCCACCCUAAGCAUUGCUGAGGCCUCACGGAGGGAAUUCAGGGCUCACCUGGAUGAGGUCAUCACGCUCAAGUCAAGGUACUCUACCUUGGACCAGCUCCAGUGUAGGUUGGAGGGGCUUAAAGAUGAUCGCAGGAGGACCUUCAGCUCUCGAGUGCAGUCACGAUGCAGCAGCAAAGAAAAUAUCCUAAGAUCAAGUCACAGUGCAGUGGACAUCACCAAGGUGGCCCGGAGGCACCGCAUGUCCCCUUUCCCCCUCACCUCCAUGGACAAGGCCUUCAUCACUGUGCUGGAGAUGACCGCCGUCUUGGGCACUGAGAUCAUUAACUACAGAGAUGGGAUGGGUCGAGUCCUGGCUCAGGACGUUUAUGCCAAAGACAACCUGCCACCCUUCCCUGCCUCUGUCAAGGAUGGUUAUGCUGUGAGAGCGGCUGAUGGCCCAGGCGACCGCUUCAUCAUUGGAGAGUCCCAAGCUGGAGAGCAGCCCACCCACACAGUGAUGCCUGGCCAGGUGAUGAGGGUGACGACGGGUGCCCCUAUCCCAUGCGGGGCCGACGCUGUUGUCCAGGUGGAAGAUACAGAGCUGCUCCGUGAGUCUGAAGACGUAAGUCUGACUUCUGGUCUUUUACCCGAUGAAGAGGCAGGGAGAUGUCAGAAUCAGGGCUGUGGUCAACUCAACCCAACCAGAGUUUACCCUGUGAAGGGCAUCAGUAACUUACAGCAACUUGUACAGGGCACAGAGGAGCUGGAAGUACGAAUCCUAGUACAGGCUCGCCCAGGGCAGGACAUCAGGCCCAUCGGUCAUGACAUUAAGCGUGGGGAGUGUGUGCUUGCAAAGGGAACCCACAUGGGCCCGUCUGAGAUCGGCCUCCUGGCAACUGUGGGAGUCACAGAGGUGGAGGUCCAGAAAUUCCCUGUGGUGGCUGUCAUGUCCACAGGAAAUGAGCUGCUGAACCCGGAAGACGACCUCCAUCCUGGGAAGAUCAGGGACAGCAAUCGCUCCACCCUGCUGGCCACCAUCCAGGAGCACGGCUAUCCAACCAUCAAUCUGGGCAUCGUGGGAGACAACCCCGAUGACCUUCUCAACGCUCUGAAUGAAGGCAUCAGCCGUGCUGAUGUCAUCAUCACCUCAGGAGGAGUGUCCAUGGGAGAGAAGGACUACCUUAAGCAGGUUCUGGAUAUUGAUCUUCAUGCUCAGAUCCAUUUUGGUCGUGUUUUCAUGAAACCAGGUCUCCCAACAACAUUUGCCACCUUGGACAUGGACGGUGCUCGCAAACUUAUAUUUGCCCUCCCAGGUAGAAACCCCGUGUCCGCUGUUGUCACCUGUAAUCUUUUUGUCAUCCCUGCCUUGAGGAAGAUGCAGGGCAUUUUGGACCCUAGGCCCACCAUCAUCAAAGCGAGGUUGUCUUGUGAUGUAAAGUUGGACCCUCGCCCUGAAUACCACCGCUGCAUUCUGACAUGGCAUCACCAGGAGCCUCUGCCGUGGGCACAGAGCACAGGGAACCAGGUGAGCAGCAGGCUGAUGAGCAUGCGCAGUGCUAACGGGCUUCUGAUGCUACCUCCGAAAACAGAGCAAUACGUGGAGCUGCACAAGGGCGAGGUGGUUGACGUCAUGGUCAUCGGUCGGCUAUGAUGUCAUCACAGAGGGACGGAGCGUUGGCGUUAUAUAGCAAGGGAUGGAAUGGGUGGUUCACGGUGCAUGUCCACAUAUCAUUGACUAUUCUGUAAUAUGCAACGGCACAGCUAGUUUUUAUUGAUUUGGAUAACGUUGAGGUAUAGUCAACAUCUUGAUCACAAUCUAGAUACAUAUGAAAAAAAUUAAUUUAAAAAGAUUAUAGUAUUUCAAACAAAGAAAUAUAACUUUUAAUUAAAAAAUCUAAUUAUAAAAAGAGAUUUAUUCUGUAAUAUAUUAUUAUGAUUAUUCUUAUUAUUAUUAUUAUUAUUAUCAUUAUUAUAUUGAGGCAUCUUCGUUCUUUUCAUUGCAAUUGCUUUGUGUGUUCAAUGCUAGACCUUAUCUAUAGCAGUAGCAUUUUAAUAGACAGCUGUAGGUGCCUGCCAGGACAAAAAAAGAAAAUUAUUAUUUUCUCAUCUUUAGUGGAAAAAAAAAGAAUCUGUUUUUUGAAAAUGAAGAAAACAUUGAGGAUGACUCCAGAUUUCCCACGGUGCUCAGCUAUAAGGAAGAGGGGGCACAACAAGACCACUUCCUCUUUUGAGCGUCCAUCAAGGUGACACUUCUGUUUUUCUCUCAUUAGUAUGCAUCAUAAUGGCUUCACAAAGAGCUUUGCUUGUUGUUUAUCUUGUGAGUCUUGUUUAUGUGCGCAGUGCCAAAUGCCUGGGCAGGGAAGAGGUAAUGUUGGGAUGGGGAGGUGGGGGGGGCACAACCCAGUCUGCCCAGACCCUGAAGCUUCCUUAUUUUCACAGUGCCCGGGUGUAAACUCUACCCCAAACCCCCCCAGGGGCGGGCUUAACCUGGGGAAAAUAAUCUUUUAUUUGAUCAACUAUUUAAGAAUUUAAAAAGAAAGAAAGAAAAGAAACAGCUUCUUUAAGUGCUGACAGCCUUUUUAACCAACUUCACAAAAAAUGUACAGAAAAAAUAAGAACCAUAUUGUACAGAUAUAUGUGACCAGCACUCCUAAGGAAAUUAUUAAGCAAUGAGGAGACAUUGAACAACGCUGUACUAUAACAUUUUCUGUAAUGAUAUGAAACUGAUGAAAGAGACUAAGAUAAUAAAAAUCCUUGAUCAUUAUGUAAAAAA